AUGGAAAAUCAAAACGUAGAUUAUGAUAGUGAUAGCUCUGGCUAUUCUUUUAGUGACGAAGAUGAAGAUUAUAAAAACAGAGAAUUUUUUGAAAUAGCAACAGAACAAACUAAUUUGUAUGCCCAACAAAUGAACGAUGACGGUCAUUCAGACAAAGAUUGGUCACCUGUGACAAUUGAAGAAAUGGAAGCAUUUCUCGGAGUAAUUAUAUACAUGGGUAUAGUGAAAUUACCUCAGAUCGAAAUGUAUUUUGGAACAGACUUUGUUGAAUGUCCAAUGAUAAAAAAAGCAAUGAGUUAUAAAAGAUUCAAAGCAAUAAAUCGUUAUCUUCAUUUCAAUGAUAAUAAAAAAAUGCCUCCAUUAAAAUCACCUGAUUACGAUAGGCUUUACAAAAUCCGCCCUUUGUUAAAUAUUUUAGACAAAUUUAAAUAUUUUUAUCGUCCUGAUCGUGACCUUUCUGUCGAUGAAGCUAUGAUAGCAUAUAAAGGUAAUUUUUCGGCUAAGCAAUACAUGAAGGAUAAGCCAACAUCAUGGGGUUUAAAAAUGUGGGUAAUUGCUGAAUCUAAAACCGGCUAUGUACUUGACGCUAAACCUUACUUGGGAAAAAAAGAAGAGAAAAAUAAAGAAUGUGAAAAUAAUAUUUACGCCUGUGGCACGAUCAGAACAAAUCGUAAAGAAUGGCCGAAAGAAUUAAAAAAUCCCAAAGAUUUAAAAUUAGAAAGAGGUGACAUUCGGCAAAUGCAAUGUAACAGAAUUACUGCUACAAUCUGGCAAGAUAAUCGGGCAGUUUCGAUUUUGUCUACCAAUUGUGAUCCGACUGAUACCGUUGUGGUAAAAAAGUACUCCAAGAAAGAUAAAAAAUACAUCGAUUUUCCUUGCCCUAAAUCUGUUGCUAAUUAUAAUGAGUACAUGGGUGGAGUUGAUUUAGCUGAUCAAAAAAGAAAUCGAAAGAAGCAACUUGCUGUUAAAGUAGGUUCAGUCUAUGAAGGUGAAAAUUCGAACUCUCACAUUUUAACUAAAAUUAAUGGGCCACACCGCUCAUGUGCUUUAUGUUUGAAUGAAAAAAGGAAAACUAAAGGAUAA